ACCAAAAACCUCCCAAACGGUUUCUGUUUCCUCAACAUACAACGUAAAAGAAAAGUGUUAUUGACUACAGUGCGGGAGUUUACAACAAUGGCCUUGGCAACUAAAGAAUGUUUGUUGGUGGUCUUUCUCUGGUCUCUGACAGUGGUACUGGGUCAGAAUGGAUGGGGUGUGACCUACUACACUCAGAGUAUCUGUGCCUUGAAGGGGUCAACAGUGGAGCUGAGCUGCACCUACAAGUAUCCAAGUGGUCUUCAAAUCACAUCAGCCUUCUGGUUCACUAAGGGGCCAAAUGAUGACCCUGUAAACUUAAUGGAGGACCCAGACUACAAAGACCGUGUGAUCUACCAUAGCGAUGAUGAGAAUGGCCACAAACUGACCAUCAAAGACUUGAGAAAGAGUGACUCGGCUGUGUACAAGUCUAGAUUCUUUACAGUUGGAUACAAAUAUACUGGUCUUCCUGGAGUCAAUCUGUCUGUCACAGAUUUGCAGGUGAACAUGACAGCUGCCACUGUGACAGAUGGAGGUAGUGUGAAUCUGACCUGUAACACCACAUGUACUCUGAUUGGCCACACCUACAUCUGGUACAGGAACAAACAACUCCUCACCAACCAGGAAGUAAGUCUGCAUCUAAACCCAGUCAGCAGUGAGGAUGCUGGGAACUAUUCCUGUGCUGUAAAAGGACUUGAGUCUCUUCUCUCACCUGAGAAGAAACUCAUAGUCACAUAUGCCCCAAAGAACACCUCAGUGUCAGUCAGUCCAUCUGGUAAAAUAGUGGAGGGCAGUUCAGUGACUCUGACCUGCAGCAGUGAUGCCAACCCACCUGUGGACAAAUACACCUGGUACAAGAAGACUGUAACCUCACCAAAAGCAUCAGGACAGAGUUACAGCAUCACUAACAUCACAUCUGAGGACAGUGGAGAAUAUUACUGUGAGGCUCAGAAUAAAUACGGACGUCUAAACUCAUCUACUUUGUCUGUGGAUGUUCAAUAUGGACCAAAGAACACCUCAGUGUCAGUCAGUCCA